CCCCGUCGAUUUAUUCUAUCGAAAAAUAAAUUUGUAUGAAUUCAUAUCAAAUUUUGGACCCUAUAGGCCUAUCCCACUCUAUCUAUUCAGCUCCGUGACUUCCUCUCAUCCUGAAAUCAGCUCAUAAAUCAUAUGCACAAGAUCGACGCAAUAUACACGCCCACCGCGCAAGCGCACUUACUUGUCUGCACGGGACAAGAUGGCGACCCGCUGUUAGUGAAAAAGUUGCACAGAAUUUACGCUCUUACUCAGUCUUAGAAAUGUAUUUUGUCAUCUACCGAUACAGUUUGUCUUCUGUAUGAGUAAAGCUAUAUGAAUCAUCAAGAUGGCUAUGAGGGAAAAUAAAGAUGUGGCCAGCUACUAUACAACAAAGCACUCUUGGAGAGGAAAAUACAAGAGGGUGUUUUCUGUGGGAUCCCAUGGAGUCACAACAUACAAUCCAAGCACUAUGGAGGUUACAAAUCAGUGGCCGUACAGUGAUUUUUAUGGGAUUGCACCAAACACGAAAGCCCAGCUGAACAAUGAAUUCAUCAUCACUGUCAGGAAAGGCGGUAAGAAAGGAGAGACAAUGAGAUUCUCCACAGAACACAGGGCGGAUAUUAUCUCAGAAGCCUUGAAAUUUAGAUCACAGUUUGGAGGGAGCAAGCUUGGAGUUGAACAAAGGUAUAAUGCAUACAAGCAUCAUUGGAGUGACAACAGAAGGUCUGUUGUCCUUGAGGUAACUCCAUGUUCCAUAGAUCAGAAGGAUGCAACGUCAGGAAAGACUAUAUGCUCCUACUACUACAAGGACAUAGAGGGGUUCACCCAGGUGACAGGAUAUCCCGGUGGCUUUGCCAUUGCCCAUGGGGGCUUCAGCAGAUUGCACCUUUUUGCCACAGAACAGAAAGAUCAACUAAUCAAGCAAGCCACUGAGUUUGCAGCAAAUUACACCGGAGUUAUUUUGAGAAUACGCAAAGAACCCAUAUCGUUUGAGCAAUUCACCAACAACAGACUUGGCAAGUACUGUGGGGAUGAGGCGCUGACAUCUCUAGCAGAAUUCGGUGUUCAGAAAUGGACACCAAGACACAAUGAACCUCAGAGGAGAGUCUUAUGUCUUACAGAGACAUGUAUAGUAGAGAGAGAUCCAGCUAGCUAUAGCGUUAUCACAGUCAAACCUUUAUGUGAUAUAUUUGCAAUAAUCCGUAGCCAAGACAAUCCACAGAUGUUCUUUCUAGAGUAUGUCAAAGGUCAAAUUAGGAAAUACACAUCAACAGAUAGGGAUAAUUUAAUAGCUGGAGUUUUAGAUGGAGUUAGGGCUAGUGGCAACAGAGAUGUCUGUGUAAAAAUGACCUUCACAAAUAGAGGUCAAAGGCAGCAGCCCCUCUAUGUACCAGUCGAUGAAGAUGUCGAGAGCCAUCAUUUACGCUUCUUAGCAGUGCCAUACAAUAACAACUUUGAUGAAGCAGUUAUGAGGUUCAAUAACAACAUAUCUUAUAGUGGUCUUUUACAUGCUGUCACACAAGAUGGAUUCUUUGCUGAGAACAAAGAGAAACUAAUCAAUGGUGCUUUAACUGCUCUCUUGGCUCACGAGGGUGAUCCAAUGACAAUGCAAGCUGAGAUCCUUGAAAGUCACCUUCAAGCCCUGAGGAGACUGGUAGCAUCCAAGGCAGGCUUUGGGGCAUUCACGACAUUACCAAAGUUCCGAGAGAGGGUCGGUGUUCGUGUUGUGAAGGCCUUGAAAAGGCAGGAUGAUGGUGUAACACAUGCAGCUAUUGACAUGCUUUGUGCUCUUAUGCAGCCUAUGCAUGAUGACUAUGAACUGAGGACAGAACAGCUCAACAAAUCUUCUCUGCUUUCAUCAAAGUCUUUCCUGGAGAACCUUUUAGAACUUUUCAGCCAACAUGUGCUGCGAGGCACAGGAGCUCUAGUAAUAGUCUCACUCCUAGACUUUCUGACAUUUGGACUGUGUGCACCGUAUAGCGAGACAACUGAUGGUACACUGUUUGAUCAGCUAUUAGAACUGGUUGCUAAGCAAGGCAGAGUCCUCUAUAGAUUAUUCCAGCAUCCAUCAAUGACGGUUGUUAAAGGAGCAGGUCUUGUGAUGAAAGCUAUCAUUGAGGAGGGGGAUGCGGAGAUUGCUGCAAAGAUGCAGGAGCUUGCAUUGGCAGAGGGCGCCCUGCCAAAGCAUCUCCAUGUUGCCAUGUUCACAGGAAGCUCAGAUACCCGUAUGCUUACCAACCGACAGCUGAGUAGACAUCUUGUGGGUCUGUGGAUCACUGGCAAUCCCACUGCUAUGGCACUACUUAAGAGGAUCUUACCGGCUGGUCUUCUUGCUACCAUGGACUCUGAAGACAAGGUUCCAGAGAAGGAACGAGAUAUGAUCCACAUCAGGGACAACCUGAAGAUGGCCCAGGACCAGUCGGGCAAGUCCAAGUCCAAUCUUCAAUGGCAUCAGAUUGAGAAUGUCCUACUUCAUUGGAGGCAGCGGGUUGGUCUACAGAACAAGAAACAAGCAAAGCAAGAUCCUAAUAUGAAACCUAUUGUACUCAGGAAAAGGCGGCAAAGGAUAAAGAGUGAAGCAAAUUGGCAACUCUUCUAUUACCAGUUCAACAGAGAUCACGCUCAACCUAAUCUCAUUUGGAAUUAUAAGACAAGGGAAGAGCUGAGGCAAAGUCUUGAAAAUGAGAUGAGAGCGUUCAGCGUUGACAAAGAACUUGGGGCAAGUCACAUGAUCUCUUGGAACCACAAUGAGUUUGAGGUGCCAUACAACUGUCUUUCAGAGGAAAUCAAGAUUGGAGACUACUAUCUCCGACUUCUGCUGGAAGCUGAUGAGAGUGAUGAAGAAAUUGCUGCCAUAAAAGAAUCAUACGAGUUCUUCAAUGAUCUUUACCACCGGUUCCUCCUAACGACCAAGAUACCUAUGAAGUGCAUGUGUUUGCAGGCCAUGGCAAUCGUCUAUGGCAAGUGUUACGAGGACAUUGGGGCUUUCAACGACACUAAAUAUAUUGUGCAAAUGCUUGACAGGAGCACAGAUAAGCAGGAGAGAGAUCGGAUCAUUCUCUUCCUCAACCGUCUCCUGAACAACAUUCGCAACGUCCGACUUCUCAUCGAUGCAGGAGGCAUCAAGGUUCUUGUUGACCUCUUGACCUUAGCUCAUUUACAUGUAUCCAGGGCAACUGUACCAACUCAGACCAAUGUGAUAGAGGCAGCACCUGACUCUAUGAUAUCAACUGAGAAGGAGUGGUACUAUGGUAAUGGACCCAGGGAGAGAUUAGGACCAUACAGCUUUAGUGAGAUGAAAGACCUAUGGGAUGAUGGUUCUCUGAAUGCCAAGACGCGGUGCUGGGCCCAAGGAUUGGAAGGAUGGAAACCACUCCAUGCCAUCCCUCAACUCAAAUGGUGUCUCUUAGCAACAGGAACACCUGUUAUGAAUGAGAGUGAUCUAGCUACACUCAUUCUCAACAUGCUUAUCAAGAUAUGUGACUACUUCCCAAGCAGGGAUGUAGAUGGUGCAAUCAUCAGACCCCUACCUAAGCCAAAGAGACUUCUAUCAGAAGCAACUAACUUGCCACACAUAGUUCAGCUCCUAUUGACCUUUGACCCCAUCCUAGUGGAGAAGGUCUCUGUCCUGCUCUUCAAUAUCAUCCAAGACAACCCUCAACUCCCUCGGUUGUAUCUCAGCGGUGUCUUCUUCUUUAUUAUGAUGUACACAGGAGCAAAUGUUCUUCCACUUGCAUGGUUCCUAAAAUAUGCACACAUGAGACAAGCCUUCAGAUCAGAUGAGAACAAAGGUUCAGACAUCAUACAAUGUAGUAUCCUAGGGCACAUCCUACCAGAAGCUAUGGUUCACUUUCUGGAGAAUCACAGUGCUGAGAAGUUUGCUGAGACAUACCUUGGAGAGUUUGAUACUCCUGAAGCUAUCUGGAGUAAUGAAAUGAGGCGGAUGAUGAUAGAGAAACUUGCAGCUCAUAUAGCAGAUUUCUCUCCGAGGCUACGCAGCAACACCAGAUCCCUCUACCAGUACUGUCCAAUCCCCGUCAUCAACUAUCCCCAACUCGAGAAGGAACUCUUUGUCAAUAUCUACUAUCUCAAACAUCUCUGUGAUACCACCAAGUUUCCAGAUUGGCCAAUCAGUGAUCCAGUGAAGCUGCUGAAAGACAUCCUAGAGGAAUGGAAGAAGGAAGUUGAGAAAAAGCCUCCAUCGAUGUCAGUAGAUGAAGCUUAUCAGACCCUCAAACUAUCUACUGGAACAGGAGGACAUGAGGAGAGUGAUAUCAGGAAAGCCUACUUCAGAUUAGCUCAGAAAUACCAUCCUGACAAGAACCCAGAAGGAAGAGACAUGUUUGAGCAAGUGAAUAAGGCAUAUGAAUUCCUGUGUAGUAAGUCAUCUCGUCUGACGGAAGGACCCAACCCUGAGAAUAUUGUUCUUAUCCUCCGAGCACAGAGCAUCCUCUUUGAGAGGUAUAAGGAAGUGCUUGAGCCAUACAAGUAUGCUGGCUACCCAAUGUUGAUCAAGACCAUUGAGAUGGAAACCAAUGAUGACACACUAUUUUCUAAGUCUGCUCCACUCCUGAGUGCAGCUAGUGAGCUAGCCUUCCAUACAGUCAACUGCUCUGCUCUCAAUGCAGAGGAACUACGAAGAGAGCAUGGAAUUGAGACACUCCAAGAUGCUUUUACACGAUGUGUUGCUGUUCUAAAUGUAUCCAGCAAGGCAGACGAUAUGGCUGUAAAGGUCUGUCAACAUGUGAUAAAAUGUUAUGCUGUUGCUGCUCAGUUUGAAGGAUGUCGAGAUCGUAUCACUGAGAUACCAGCUAUUAUCAAGGAUGUAUGCAGGGCUCUAUUCUAUAAGAACCUGCCUAUCUUGUGCUCCGUGGCAGCCGAGUGUGUGAGUGCCUUCUCUGUGGAUAAGUAUCUACAGGAUCAUCUACAACAAGCUGGCGUUAUCUGGCAUCUUCUUGUCUAUCUCUUCCAGUAUGACUUCACCCUCUAUGAGAGUGGGGUGGAGGCUAGUGAAGGAUCAAAUCUUCAGCAAGUAGCCAAUACAUUAGCCAACUUAUGCUUCACAGCUUUAGCCAGGUUAGCAGGUUACCAAACAGGAGAUAAAGCUACCCCAGAGAACCCGGCCAUUAGGAAAUCACUCAGCGCCUUACUCACACCAUACCUUGCAAACCAACUAGGAACAGAAAACCCCAACCAGGUGCUGAAAAUCCUUAAUAGCAACACAGAGAACCCUUAUCUUCUUUGGGAUAACUCCACCAGGACGGAGCUGGUUGAGUUUGUCAAAGAACAGCAACAAAGAAAGAUCAGGACGGGAGAGUGUGAUCCUCUGUUUGGAGCUGACUUUACCUUCAGUGCUCAUGCCAAAGAACUUAUCGUUGGAGAUAUCUUUGUCCGCAUCUUCAAUGAUAUGCCUACAUUCCCACUUCAGGAUGCAAGAGGAUUCACCAACUGCCUCCUUGACUACCUUGGUUCACAAGCUCAGUACCUUCACUCCUUGAUGGCACUCACAGCCAAGGAGGUGGACACCAGUCAAUCCAGCCAACAAGCAGAACGUCUCAAGAACUGUGAGAUGGCCUUGGACGCCCUAGCCAAGGUCAUCAAGAACAAUCCUGGUACAGAGAUUCAAUGUAAUGGUCAUUAUAAGCUGCUCUUCUCAUUGCUUAGGCUGACCGGUGCUACGCAGCUUCAGCUCCUUGCUUUAGAGGUGAUCCGUAAUGUGACUGGAAACCAGGAUUGUGUGACUAAUAUAGGAGACUCUGGUGUUGCUGGAUACCUACUACUCACCUUACAUUCAUUGCCAUCAGGUUGUUUGUCAGUACUGGAGACACUCUUUGCCUUGGUAUCUCAUACAAAGAUUGUCAAAGAAAUAGUUUCUAAGGGUGGAUUGAUCUAUCUCUUGGAUCUCUUCUGCAACUCCACCAACUCCGAAGUAAGAGAGAAGACAGCUGAACUCUUAGCCAAGAUGCAGUCAGACAAGCUGGUUGGUCCUCGUAUACGAAUCCUCUGCUGCAAGUUCCUCCCGACGGCAUUCAUGGAUGCCAUGAGGGACUCCUCUGAAGCCAGUGUCGUCAUGUUUGAGAGUGUACAAGAAAAUCCAGAACUGAUUUGGAAUGAGGAAUCAAGAGAGAAGAUUUCAAAUCUCAUUGUCAAAAUGAAGAACAGGCAUUAUAAGGAGCAGAAAGACAACCCAGAUGUCACUUGGAAGCUCCCAGAGGACUUCUCUAUUUCCAGUCAGAUCACGGAUGAGGUAGUGAUCGGUGGUGUCUACCUUCGUCUCUUUAUAUCUCAACCAUCGUGGGUCUUGAGGAAACCAAAGGAAUUCUUGGUAGAACUCCUGGAGAAGUUCACUGAGCUAGUCGGCAUGGCAAAGCCUGAUGGUGACACUUUGGAGAUGGUUACGACUGGUGUCGUGUGUUUCUUCACUGCCCAGCCUGUUAUGGCAGAUCAGAUGCCUCAGCUUGGUCAUCUACCGGUCAUUACUAAAUGCCUCCAGAAUAAGAAUGAUGCCAUUCCAAAGUGUGGUCUGAUGGUCAUACACAGUAUAUCAAACAGUGAUAAUUGUGUUCGAAGUCUUGCCCAGAUAGAGUGUGUUGGUCCCAUCCUAACGGCUAUGAAGCUCAGAACAGACACCACUGCCUUGGCUUGUGAACUCCUUCACAGGAUGUUCCAAAAGAACCAUCCAGAGCUUGUUGAACAGGCGUUGAGCUGUGGCCUAAUUCCGUACUUAUUGAGCCUUCUGGAGGACAAUUUGAACAACAUAGAGAAUGCUGCAGCAACUAAAGCCCAAAUUGUUAAAUCUCUCAAGUCGAUGGCACUGUGCUUAGAACAUGGAGAAAGGAUAAACACUCUACUUGAUAAGUCAUCAGUUUGGGCUACUUACAAAGAACAAAGGCAUGAUCUAUUCUUGAGUGAUAACCAAGUAUCUGGCUACCUAACAGGUCCUGGAGUAGCGGGUUACCUGACACAGGGAACAACAUCCACUGUCUCAACCGCCCCACCCCCAGUAGAUACCACCCAUGAUAAUCAGAUCAAGUAGAUCAUAGUAGUAUCAGAGGAACAUGGAGUUCCGGAUGAUUCAGGAUGUCAAUGCAGAAUGGUGUUUGAUCUUAUCCUUGCCGUCUUCACCAGGAUGGUGAUUUAGAGAAGUGAGAAGUGAUUACAUUCUUUAUAUCAAUAGAUUCACAAGAGAAUGAGUCAAGGGUGAUUGCUUACAUUGACGAUGUGAUUCUUUAUGCAUCACACAUCAUUUUAUAGUCUUCAUAUUUUGAAGCAGAGAAACCCAAUUACAGCAUAGCAGGAAAUAUCAAGAUCGUUUCUGUAUCUGCCCUCAUUGUUACAACUCAAUUGUAAUCAUUACAUUUGGAGAUUAGGCUCCUUGUCCUCUAGCCUAUAAUCAAUAUGUAGGCUGCAGCUAUGUCCUAGUUGUUACUCUAAAUUUCAUCCUGUGUAUAAUUCGUCUAAUGUAUUAUGAAUUUAUGUACACGUUUUCCAUUAAGAGAAGUCCUCACUUGAUUGGUAUAAAGUAUUAUGAUGAUGUUACAUUCACUAACAUUAAACCAUCUGUAUGAAGCUCCUAUUCACAUUUUACAAUAGAAAUGCUACACUGAAGGGAAGACCUUCAAUCUUUUCUCAAAAUUCCUUAAUUCUUCCAACUUGUGAUUAUUCAAACAUGUGGGCUUUAUGUGAUGAAUUCGUGAAGUCCAUAUUAAAUGUUUUGGGAUAGCUACAUCAAGCCUUGAUUAAUCAAAUCCAUUUUUCACAUUCCUGUAUGUUUAUUCCAUGUCAACAGUCAAUUGUGUACUAUUAAUUUACUAUGAACUCAUCUUUGUAAACGCUCAGCUAGCCGUCAUUGUAUACUUAUGAGGAAAUAAAAAAGGCAAUGUGUCGUAUUAAAGUUAUUUGUAAACAAAGUAUCUCAGGCUUUUUUGCACAGCAUUCUCAUUGGUGAUAUUAAUUAUUCUGGAGUAGAAAUUGCAUUUUGAAGCCUCUUAGUUAUGAAGGGUUUAUCUUAUUGUGUUUUGUGUUUAUUUUUCUUGUCUAAAGUAUCCAAAUUACGUCGUAAGAUUACCCAUUUCUGAAGAAAAAGUUCGCUUUUAUUCCAGUCAUUGGUGUGAGCUUUGAUAAUUAUCCCUAUGAAAGUUAACUUUCCUGUUUCCAAGGCAAUAAAUUUAUUUCUAAUGUAAAAUGUGAUGUUGACUCUCUUCCAUGGGAAAGAUUACUGUACAACACAUGGACUGCAAAUGUGCAGUUAUUGAAUAUUGUGCAAUGAUAUGUUCAAUAAGUGAUAAAAAUGCAUUGUUUAUUACCUGUUUUUUUUUCAUAGUUCAAUGAGACAGGUGAAUUUACGCUUUAAUUUUGUUUGAAUCACAAAAAUUACAUGGCUUGUUUUUAUGAUUAUAUUACAGACAACAAUGUGGGUUGUCUAACUGAUAUAUCAUUUGGACAUGGGUGCCAAAACAGUUUACAUCUUUAUAUUGUCUUGUUGUUUACUGGCAGUACAGAGUAAAUAUUAUAUCCUACAUAGAUUGAAUCCUGUAUAGUGAUUGGUUCAAAUAGCAUCAUGUGACCGAAUAUAUUUCAACUAUCAUGUUGCAUGACGUCAGACCUCGAUAUGUUUUUUGCUAUACCAAAUUCUGACUUCAUUAUUUCAGAAAACUGGAUAUUUAGCUAAACUCUCGGGCGCACCAGCCAGCGAGCUCUCUCUCUCCCGGGCAAGUCCCGCGAUGUGUCGGCGCAGGCACUAAUCUGCGUUCCGCUGAGCGCGGUGGCUCAGAGAAAAGUAGUUAAUUCGACGAAAGUAACCAGACUUUUCAAGCUCAGCUCAUAGUUUUUGCUUAUAAAUUAUUAAAAGUAGGAUAUAAAACAAAUAUAUCAGGUGUUUCAUUUGAAAGGAUGGUGGGAAUUAAUAAUCCUUGGUUGGACUGGCAAAACUACCAUAUUAAAAAAUAUAUAUAUAGAAAAAUAGUAAUUGCCAGACCAACCUCGGAUAAAUGAUUCCACUAUACUUUCUCAAAGCCUGAUAUAUUUGUUUAAUAUAUGAUUGAUUUAGACAAGAUUGCAUAUGACUUGAUUGACAACAUUCACUAAUGAACUUUAUGAUAUGUUACAUUAUUUAAGUAAACCUAAAUGCCAACUGUAAUUGGAAAUACAAGGAAUUUCAUUCUGUUGUCAAUUUAUUUCUUUUAUUUGCAGAAUCAAACUGCAUUGACAAAAUAUGGUUUGCUAUGUAGAGAGAUUUAUGUCUGUGCUUAUUUAAAGGUACCAGAGUCUAUCGAGUCAAACUACAAAAUGUGGAAUUAGGGUUGUUAAUCAAUUUAGGUAAAGCAUGCUACUUGAUAUGAAUAUUUGUAAUGACUCAAAAUUUUGCAAAGAAUUUUUUCUUGCACCCUACCCCAUACAUGGGGAUCUUCAAAUUAUCUGUGUUCUCUCCUAUUCCUUUAUAGGAAGGAAACAGAAAUGGCUUUAUCUAACUUUCCAGAAAUAUGCAGUAAAUAUAUACCAUUAUCCUUUCAAUGUAGAUGUUUUAUUUUUAGUAAAAAAAAGAAAAUGUACAUAAAAGUUUAUCUUUAGAGAGAAAUAAGUUAAAGCCUACAUACAUAUAGAAAGAAAAACAUAUGCGUAAUUGCAUAAAUGAUGAUAUAUUAUGAUAACAUUUAGGAAGGCAUUCAUUUUUUGGGGGGGGGGUGGGGAUGGAUGUUUGUAAUUAAUUAUGUAUGAUGCAUCCCAUGCUGAUAAUAGUAUUAGAAAUGGCAUCAUUUCAUUCCUUCAAUAGACUUUUUGUCUAUUAUCAUAACCUUUUUGAGUUCGAAUUUUGUUUAUCAGUUAAUUACAAAGACCAUUUGGUUCCUUUAGCAAACAAAAUGGCCCGAAUUCACAAAGGUGGUUUUGAAAACCACCGGUUAAACCCAUGGUUUAUGCAGAUUUUCUGUAU